AUGUCGUUCCUCAUGCCCGGCACAGUGGUUCGGGCGCUGGCAUCUGCUCCGUGUUCUAGCUCUCGAUGCUUCAGCACCUCGGCGGCCGCGUUGAAGAAGUCGAACCGUGCUCGUGGUGCUGCGAGAAAAUCGCCUCGUAACCAAGCGCUUUUCGCUGCGCUAUCUCCGCGUCUUUCACCCAGACAAGGUGGUCUUGCCACAGCCGCUGUCAGUGCUGGCGGAAAGUCAUCGCAAAAGGCUUCCAACAAUCUGGAACCGAAGGAAGGUGAAACUCUGCUCACACUCGAACAGGCGUGCGAACAGCUUCAAGCACGCGGAGCUGCCAAGCGACCGCUGAAUGCGUUCGAAGUCCACAUUGUCACGUCGGUAUCGUCUCAUCAGACCAACGCGCUUCGAGGUCGCAUCGCAUAUCCCAAAGAUCCACGAACGAAACAGGAGCGCCUUCUGAUCUUUGCCGAGGAAGGCUCGGACGCUGCCGAGGCUGUCAAGGAGAUUGUGCAAUCGGAAGCAGCAUCGUCUUCUUCACCGUCAGAGCCGGGCAUCAUCCUCGGUGGCUCGGAACUCGUCUCACAGGUGCUCAACAAUCGCAUUGCCGGCUUUACCAAGGUUCUCUGCACCAACACUCUGCUCUCCGAGGUGUCCAAAGGCCUUGCAAGGUCACUCGGUCCCAAAGGUCUGAUGCCCAAUCCGCGUCGUGGAACCGUGGUACCGUCGGAUGACCGCAAGGCGAUCCUCAACGCUAUUCGCGAGUCCAAAGGCGCUAUGGAUUGGCGCUCGGACAAGGUUGGCGUGAUUCGAGGCGCGGUUGGCCGUCUCAACUUUGGCAAGCAGGAUGUCAGGAACAACGUCACAACCUUGCUCGAUGCAAUUGUUCAGAAGGUACCCACGCUCGGCUCGCAGCAGGCAGUACAGGGAACAGGUCAAACCAAGCAAUAUACGCCGCGUGAAAAGCGGUCACCUGGCGAGCUCAAAAAGGCCGCCAGCAUAAUCAAGCAGGUCCACCUCAGCUCAACACAAGGUCCAGGAAUUAAACUCGACCUCCGUGAUGUACUCGCCUAA